AGGAAGGGGCACAUGCAACGCUGUUUACAAUAGCAAUUCGCGACGUUUUCGAGUUUGUUGUGCAUAGUGCUAUUGUUUUUUUUCCCUUCCGUUUUCUGUACAAUGUCUCCCGGAGCCGCUAGUGUCGUGUGUUUGUGCUCUUGAUCGUGGUUUGUGAUUUGUUUCGGGUGGAUUUGCGUAACGCAGCCAUGGGCGCUAAGGCUAGCACUGCGAACGGGGAGCAGAGCCCGCGGGCCAGGACAUUCUCGACCAGCUCUAGCUCUGACGUAGUGUCCGGAGGCGCUGGGUUUAGCUUGCUGCGAGCGAUCCCGGGCAUACAGAUGGCGAACGAUAGGCAGCGCGCGAGAUCUCUGUCGUCAGUGCCAGAUUUGCACGCCUCUCACGAAGCUAUCGCCAUUCCUGCGAACUCGCAGAGCUACGAGGCGUCUGCAGCUGCAAGCCCGGACACGGACUCCAGUUCUAACGAAGACACGGGGCCAGUAGCGGUAGCGGGCACGUCUCUGGCGCUUGGUCGAGUGUACGCAGCGCAUUCGUUACCGUCACAUAUUUGGUCUUUAAACGGAAUCAAAUGUCCCGUGUGCAGCAAGUUCGUGCUGCCCGACGACAUCGAGUGCCACCUCGUCAUGUGCCUCACGAGGCCGAGACUCUCAUAUAACGAGGACGUGCUGAGCGACUCGAAGGGCGAGUGCGUCAUCUGCCUGGAGGAGCUGUGCGCCGGGGACACCAUCGCACGCCUGCCCUGCCUCUGCAUCUACCACAAGGGAUGUAUAGACCAAUGGUUCGAAGUGAACAGAUCGUGCCCCGAGCACCCCGGCGACUAGGCCGCGCGCAUCGCCCCGGGCCUCGCCAGGCCUCCGCCGGGCCUCACGACACGGCGCGGCCUGACGCCACGCCAUGGCCCGACGCCACGCCAUGGCCUGACGCGCCAUGAGCCGGACUGUGGCGUCGGCCCACCGAACGUGUCCGAACAAGUGCCAUUGUCGCGAGUGAUAGUUUUAUACAAUGAAGUGACUGCGCCCACGGGCCUUGUAAAUAUAAACGUAUGCUAGUGAGAUGUUUUACCAUUUAAUGAAUUACAAUUAAAAUGAAAACAAAAAUAACAAAAAAUACAAAGACAAUUAUAUUAUAGUAAACGCUAAUGGGAAUUUCUCGGUGGAGUAUUAUAUUAUUGUAUGAAAUAUUAUCAUUGAAAAUUUUACAUCGUUACGUUUUAUUUUUUCCGACGCAGUCGUCAUAGGGACCCACUCGGAGCCGUCUUGUCGCCUUCCACACGCUCGUCGCGCAGUAACGAUGGGAGCAGGUGAUUUUAAAAUGGAUAUGAAACGAACAGACAGCACAAAUGGAAACUUUGUCGUGCCGAUAUUUGCUGUGUCAAUGUCUGCAAAUAGUGUGAUUAGAUUUUACGACAGUCAUCACAAUCGUCACUACCAUUUGUGACGUCCUUAUUGACAGUUGUACGUUCAAGUGUUUAUUAUGAGCACUGAACUGGCUGUCCAUUUCAUUGCAUGCCACACAUGUUUUGUAGAGGCCUUGUAACACUACAUUUACGUGUCGUCAGUGUGUAUCACGUAGCUUUGUGUGCACGCCUCUAUACAAAUUUAAUUACUCCGAUAUCUUGUGAAUCGGGGUUUGAAAUCUUUUCGGUUUUUUCUUUCUUAUCCAUUUAUUAUCUUAUAUCUUAAAACUAUCAAUAAUAUAAUAUCAAAAUAAAAAAGAGAUUAUUAUUCGAGGCCAACAGUUUAACAUGGGUCCUAAUAAAUGAAGUAAUAAAAAAAUGGCCGCAGCUCCACCAACAAGACGGCUGUCCAUCUGACCAUGAGAUCAUGAAGCAAAAAGGCCGCCUUUUGUAUUUCUUAUUUCUCGAUAUUUCUUGUAUAUAUCCUUAACUUGAUGUUGUGUACAAAUAAAGAGUAAAAUAAUAAUAUUAAACUAAUUGCUAGAUGCUACUAGACGAAGAUAUUGUAUGUUCGACGAAAAGUCGGCACAGCAAAAUGUCUUACUCGUGUUGCCUGUAACUAAGGUAUCCAUUUUAAAAUAACUCAUCUCUCGUAACUCGUGAGGGCAAGAACCUUACUCUCUACAGAAUCUCUGUGCGUUUUCAUCUCGUAUUCCUAACUCAUGCAAAUUCGUGUAGGAACGGACUAGGGGGAUGGGUUUAAUAUAACAGCCUUACCUCUAACAAGUUAGCCCGUUACCAUCUUAGACUGCAACAUCGCUUACCAGCAGGUGAGACUACAGUCAAGGGCCAUCAUGUAGUAGCAUAAAAAAAAUGCAUAAAAUAAUUGCUCAAUUGCAUCUAAUACACGAAAAGCGCAAGUCGCGAUCUAAAGAGAAAACCGUGCAAGUGUAGACGAGAUUAUCGACUGAAAUAUGCUUAAAGCCCUUACAACUCACGAAGACUAAAAAAAUGCUUCAUGUAAGAGCAUCACACACAAAUGUCCAUAUACCAACUAAACAGUAUUCGUAAGAUGUAAGCGCUGUACGUUUGUUUCUUGCUUCAAAUCCAGUAAAUUGACUCUUAGUGCGAUCCUGCUGUGACUGUAGAAUUUGUCUGGUAUCUUAUGUAUAAAACCUUGUACAGUACUACUAAUAUUAUUAGUUACGAUUUCAUUGCUAGAUGCAAUAACAUCAUAGAUAAUCUUUCUGUGGUCUGGUCCGGUUGAGGCUUGACUAGUUGCCAUCCUACAGACAAACACGUGCCGCUGAGAGAUUCAGCGUUCCAGUACGACGACCAUAAUAGAUUGUAUCUAAUUCUCUACCAUCUUAGACUGCAUCAUAAAGAGGUGAGUUUGCAAUCAAGUGCUGCUUUAAAAAAUAUAAAGAGCAACGUUGGUUCGCUAUUGGUUUUGUCACGUGGUCACUAUUUUUGUGAGUGAUAUAGUACAAGCCCUGUCGCUGAAUUUCGAAUCUAUAAGUAAAGCAACAAGGCUCAUAUUUCAUUGAUUUUAAAGCGUUACAUUACUCUCUUCAAUCUUAUAACUUAUUCGACGAUCGUGUUGAAGCUAACUACAGUUUAUAUCGUAUUAAGGGAGCGCGAUACAACACACUUUCACUAGAUGGCGCUCUUUUAUUUGCUUCACUUAUAGAUUCGAAAUAAGAUAGAAAGUCCCACACUUGGCACCGAGUGGUAGUACUGUCCACCGGGUUGUACGUGACAUACCGAGUAGUGACGUCACUGUUUUGCAGUAAGUGCGCCGCAGCGUACAUAUCUGCCGUAGCUUAUGUAUAACAAUAUGAUUUGAUCUUUUUCAUCUUGAUAAAUAAAGUUGAUUUGUUUCUAAAUUUUC